AUGUCUGGAACCAGCGAUCUACUACACAAAUCGACCCUAUCUGUGUACUCGAACUUGAUGGACCAGUUCAACCCAGGACUUCAGAAUCUGGUUACUUUAGGGAACAGCUAUGUCAAGGCCUUUCAAGCCUUGGGAGUUUGCAGUGAAGCGUACUUCAGUGCUGUGGCCAAAAUGGGAGAACAGGCUAUGCACACACUUUCCUCCCGCUCACUCGGAGAUGUGUUGGUCCAGAUCUCAGAGACUCAGAGGCGGCUAACAGCAGAGAUGGAAGGCGUGUUCCGCUGGUUCCAGGUCGAGGUUCUGCAGGCCAUGGAGAAGAAGGUGAAGCUGGAUGAGGAAUACAUGGAUGGCAGCCGCAGGGUGUAUGAGCUGGAGGUCAGGAACCAAGCAGAGGCCCUCGAGAAACAACUCAGACGAGGGACCUUCAGGGACUCACUGGAGAACAGUGAAUACAUGCAGUAUCUGAGGCAGAGCCAGCAGGAGAUCCUGAAGGAGGAGGAGAGGAGGUACCGCUUCCUUGCCGAGAAGCACUGUGGCCUUAGCCAAUCACUGCUCUUCCUCAUCAACAAGACAGGCGGCUCCCUGCAGCAGAAGGCCGACGGGUGGAAGGAGAAAAUGAACGAGAACAAAGGGGCCAGACCUCGAACGCCCACGCCUGCAGAUCAGGAGGCCCAGCUGCGCGGGUCGGUGAGCUCCCUGCUGCAGACGGUGGCCAGGGAUGAAGACAUGUCUUGGGCACGCAGGGAGCAGCAGGCCCUGGGCAGAGUGCCCUCUAGAGCUCCGUCCCCGCUGCCCAGCCGCUCCCGGUCCAGCUCGGUGGGGGAGUCCCUGGGCCUGACCCCGGGGAGGGCCAUGCGGGCGCUGGUGGCCCACCCGGCCUCCUCCAACCCCAAGCUGCUGUCCUUCACCCGGGGGGAGACGGUCACCGUGCUGCUCCUGGAGCCCCGCAACGGCUGGCUGUACGGCCGCACCGACGCCAACCUGCGCCAGGGCUGGUUCCCUGCAGCCUACGUGGCCCCUGUUGAGGAGCAGGUCAACUCUCUAGCCAUCAGUGACACCACGGUGAGGAGCAGCAGCAUGAACAACCUCCUGGACCCGGCUGACACCGCGGCCGACCAAUCAGAGAGCAAGAGCUACGGCGACGUCCCGCCUCCGGCCACGCCCAUCCGCCGGGCCUCGGUGGACGUGCGAGCCGGCUCGCCAAGGGCGGAGCCAGCCGCGGACGCCGGGCCCAAUAACCCAGCGAGGAGGAGAUACAGCGAGCUGCCCCCGCCCCCGCCCCCUCCCCCGCCCCUCCAGGGUCCCGUCAGGGGGCCGGCGGACUUCAGACCCGUCUCCCCGCUGCCCGAGGCGGUAGGUAGCAACCUUUCACCAGCCGGCCCAGAAAACCCCCUCUUUCCCAGGGGGACCAACCCAUUCGCCACCGUCAAGCUCCGUCCGACCACCACCAAUGACAGAUCUGCUCCACGGGUCCUUUGAUCUGUCAUCGCUCCGUCACCCUACCGCCUGAGGUUGGUGAUCACGGAGCUUCCUCUGCCUGCCUGAUAGACCAGACAGGCCUCAGGGAGGUCCCUCCUUAAAGGGGAGAAGUCAUGCAUGGCUAUAUUGUAAAUCAGAGAGAACAGAAAUCUCUGCCACAUCAACUUUCUUUUACACAAGAAAAAUAUUUUACCAAAUUUAUUAUUUUUACCAUAUUUACAAUUAACAUCCACAAUGGUCCAACUUGCGGUUCAUCUUGCAGGCCGCAGGCUCCCAUACUAGAAAAUAGCGAAUGUGACAGUUCCCCUUCAAGCCCUGGAUACCAACCCCAAUGCUCGAAGUGGACCGUAGUCCAGCAUGGGAGUCCUACUCUCACCAAAGGGAUUCAUCCAGAUAAUUGUGAGGCAAAGUUCGAUCAAAUGACCUUAAAUUGAGGGAUUUGAGAUGCCUCUCGAGGUUUGAGUGCUUUGUAAAUUUCACAAAUAAUGCUAUGAUUAUAUUCUUGUUUAACCGCUUUGUUUUCAUUUCAAUUCUGAAUAUAUAUUUCACAGAUACACACAUUGUUUGUCAAAUACCUGUAUAUACUUACUCCUUCACAUGAGUGUCCCCGCUGUGAGCCUUAUUUACUCACAGUUUGAAAAAGUUUUUUAGAUGGUUAUGAAAAGAGGGAUGUUUUCUCUGUCUAAACAGACGGGAACGGUUCUACAAGAGAUGGUGAUAACAUUCAAUCUGGAUUGACGAGAGAAAGGUCGUCUUGAAGGUAUUGCCAUGCAAUACCUUCUUUUCUUACGAGUCCUAUUUCUAUCGCUAACUAUGAUUCACAGCAUUAUCCAAAGAAAUUCAAACCGGGAAACCACGGUAACCACGUCUCCGCCUGUUCUCAGAGGUUGUGAAACAUGAUGGCUGUGUAGACAUCUGAAACCUACUUGAGUCCAAACCCAGCAGGGGUCUGCCGCUGACUGCCACUAUGUGUGAACAGGCUGAGACGAUGAGGAUCGCAUUGGGCCCUUCCUGCAAACAGAUGAGUUCACAUACUGUUGUAGAAUGUAGAUAUUUCAUGUAAACCUUAUAGACUCUCUCUUAUUCCAUCUGUAGUCCUGUUAAGCAUCACAUGCAAAGUCCUUUUAUGCAAACGUUAAUGCUGAACAGGAGAUCACACAAGUGUAGGAGAUGGCAAAAUAAUUAUUAUCAUACUAUUUUGCCUUUUUUAAGUGUACAAUAUGUUAAUAUAUGAUUGAGACACCCAUAAUUGAACAUUACACGUAUGAUGGUCGGGGUUUGAGACUGUGGACUAUGUUUCUAGCUCUGUGUGGGCUGAUUGUUGUGUUUUGCGAUUAAAAACAUUAAUUUUAAAUAAGCGUAUAUCCACCUUGUAAACAGCUAAUAGACCAAACGCCGGAGAAUGUAACCCCAGUGCUUAUAUAACAUAAUGAAAUCUUCCUUUAAUCCAAACAUUAUGUGUAUCAAUACUUUUGCUGUGGAAUGAUGCCGAGCUCCGCCGAUAUGAAGUUGUCUGGUUGUGGUUUGUGUUCCUCUCGUCUGUUGUCGCUCCGUGUAUUUUUAUAUGUAUGCGUUUAUUCAUUUACAUUUGGGCUGCAGUUGAAACUCCAGUAAACAAAACAUCC